AUGAAGUUUCCCUUAAAAGGGCCGACAGCCCGCUUGAUUUAUGGGGGCGUGCUCCGACAGCCGUGCUUUGGCGCUCAAUUAAAACGGAACCAAAGUCAAAAGUCACCGAAGACAACUGCAGCCCAGCGUAGCCCAUGUAGUCGAUAUAGUCCUAGCUGCGAUGGAUUAACACAUCUCCCGGGGCAGCGGCGACAACCCUCGUGGCAGCGGAGGCUGGCCUGUCAUAUAAAUCAACCAUAA